UUUUUUUGAUAAUAGAUAAACCUUUAUUAUAAGUACCGCUUACCGGCAAAAUGAGCCACUUCAAAGUCAUGCUUGAGCAGUAAGAAUGGGAAACACAAGUGGUAUCGUAGCGUGGGUGUUGCUGCUUUCCAAUUUUCACCUGAAAGUGUCCGGCCGAAGUUUAGUGCAACGAAAUGCGGAAUUUGGAGGUUCGAACGGCACUAAACUGGUGGCGAACUUGCAAGCGAGUUGCGAUUGCGGAUGGAGAAACUCUCAGGCCCUGAAGAUCGUCGGAGGAACAGAAACUGGCACGAACGAAUAUCCCGCAAUGGCGGCACUGUUGAGCCUGCAAGACGACUCGUUCUUUUGCGGAUCACACGUCAUUGCUAGCAGGUACAUCUUGACGGCGGGGCAUUGCUUGCAAAACAAAGAUCCAGAUGAGCUGGUGGUACUGGUGGGUGACCAUAACAUCUCCUCAGGUUCGGACACGAACUAUUCCGCCAUUUACUACGUGAGCGCUUACGAGAUCAAUCCGAGCUACGACUCGGACACUUACUCCUAUGACAUCGCAAUAGUGCAAACGAAGACGGAGAUAUCGUUCAGCACCUACGUCGGUCCCGUGUGCUUACCUUUCAGGUAUUACUCGAACGACUUUGCCCUUGAAUCUGUCACUUUAUUAGGAUGGGGCCAAACCGAGUUCUCAGGUCCAUCCUCGGAUGUUCUUUUAGAGGCGACGUUGCAGGUGCUUUCCAACGAAGACUGCGCCAACGAAACUGGUGACACCAUAUUGGAUUCUGAGUUAUGCACUUAUGCGGAUGGUAAAGACGCAUGCCAACAGGAUUCCGGAGGUCCAGUACUCUGGACAGACUCUACCACCAACAGGAUGCAUUUGGUGGGCAUUAUCUCCCACGGGGUCGCUUGCGCAACUGCUAAUCCCGGAAUAAAUUCUCGAGUCACCUCCUUCUUAACUUGGAUCGUUUCUAGGACAAGUGAUGCUACAUAUUGUUACAUGUAAGAAGAAAGAGGACCUAAUUGUUGAUUAGUGUAUAACAGUGUAACUUAAUAAAGCAUAUGAAGUUUUGAUA